CACUAACGCGCAUGCGUCAUCUGGGAGCCUUCGCAGGCGCAGGCGCAGUGUCGUCGCCGGCUGAAGCGGGCGGAUUCUGAGGCUGGAGGCGGAGGAAGAAGAAGAAGGCGACGACGAGGGGAGCCCGCUGCCGCCUCAUGUAUCAGGGGAGCCGGGCGGUGGCCGGGCGCCUCGGGCCCCGCUGCCCUUGGAGGUGGGAAGGAAGAGGAGGCGGCGGCGAGAGGCUUCGGCAAGGCCAGGGCGACACGGCGCGGUGCUGCCACCGAGCGCGGCCGCGGGAGCUCGAUGCCUCUUGGGAUAAACUACCUCCAGGGCUUGUUCCUCCCAGCUCUGUACGGCCGGCAUUUCCCUCCCUGUCCGUCAAGAAGAAACCAUCAAAGUCUCCCAGCAUUUUUCCGGUUCUGUCCAUGCCGUCCGCCAACAACUUUGCCAUUGUCAGCUCUCCUGAAGUCAAGACCAGCCUUGGCCCACCAACGCACAGCCUGGAAACCCGAGGCCUUUCCCGUCCCCCUUUGCUGUCCCCUCCUGAAGGCCUGGGGGAUGCCAUCACCCUGGUGAAUGGGAGGCAGGAGGAUGACAUUGUGGUGAAAGACAGUGAAGGGCUGGACGGUGCCUCUUUGGACUCUCUGCACAACCUUUUUCAUGGCUGGCAAUACCGGUCUCCUUACCAGGCCCCUGAGGUUGCCCUGGGUCCCCUUGCGCCCUUCAGAGCCACUACUGGAGCCCCCUCUCCAGUCAGUUCUCCAGACAGGGACGACCCCGGAAUGGAAGAGCAUCUCGCAGUCAUGCACGAGAAAUUGCGGAAUGAGUUACCAGUCUUCUUCCUAAGGACACAUGACUAUGCAAUCUAUUCCAAGGAUGUAGAGUUUAUCAAUGAAAUACUACAUCUGAGAACACAUGGCCGACCCAUGUACCAGUUGGCGCUGACGUUUUGCCGCUUUAUGGCCUGGAACUAUUUUGCUGAUUUGCGCAUGGAUGUGCUCAAUGUGACACAGCACCCAGAGAACUGGAGCAUCCAGGCCCGGUGGCGAAUUACAGGGCUUCCGUUCCAUGUUCUCCUCCUUCGCUUCUACAAGAAGGACAAGAGUGAACUUUACAGAACCUAUGAUGCCUAUUCCACAUUCUUCCUCAAUUCAGAAGGGUUAAUUAAGUGUCACAGGGUAAGCAAGCUCAUGCCGUCCCAGCCUCUGAUGAACAAGCUGAAGAAGGUUGUCCUUGCGUCCUUAUUGGGCCUCAGUCUUUCAGAUCAGAGGCCGUCACUUCUGCUGUUUUUCUCAGCUCUGGCAGGCAAAGAGCCAGGGGCACCGGUUGGCUGUAGGGAGAGCUGAAGCCCUUUGGUUGUCCUGUCCUCUUGCUCGUAUCUUUCACAGCUAAUCUGUCACAUCGCGGGGUGUGACAAGGAGAACGCCACUAGCAGUCCGUUGUGCAUCCAUGUUGCCUUUGUACAAAUAGUGUGGGCUUCGCCUCAUGUCGCUGCUGUUAACCGCACCAGGAAGCGCUGUAAAGAUGGUUGUAAUUUAAUCUGUAUAUAAUAAAGAGAGGUUUAUGUUGAA